AUGGCCAGCCCUUCUUCCACGCCCGCGCUGGUGUCUACCGAUAUCAACCGCAAGGGCCCAGUGCGCUAUGACGACUGGAAGGUCUUCCAACGGGCCCUGGACUCCUACUGCAUCCAGGAGGGCGAGCACAUCGGUGUAGAGUUCACAGUCAGCGUCGCGGCGCGGAACAAGCAGAUCAUGAACUCCAAGAAGGUGAGGGAUGGGAAGCGAGCAGCGGAUCUCCUCCCGGAAUCCUUGGAAGCCUAUCGCCGGACCUACGUCUGCCGCCGGGGACGCAAGCGCCGUUCGAAGCAACAAGGCAUUAACCCGCCCCUGCCUCGCACGGCGUGUCCAUUCGAACUCAAUGUGAAGAGCGUCAACCACCGAGGCACCUAG